AUGUCUCAAUCUGCCAACACGACCGCAACUGAAGAGAGAUCUCAGCCAUGGCAGGCGAUGCACGAAGUCCAAAACCUGUUUAAACCGGAGAUUUCUGCCGCUUGUGAUGCCAACGCCGAUCUUGCUGCCGACGCCGAGUCCAAGACUGAAGACGAGCCUUUGAAGCUCAAUUUGCUCAGGGCCCAAUUCAAUUCCGCGAGGUCCAAUAUUGCGAAUGUGGAGGAGCAACACUGA